GCUGCCGUUGUUGAGGAAGGUGACUCUGGUGUUUUGGCUGAGCUACGGAAACGCAAAGUUGCUGUAAGCGUCUUCUCGCCUGUCAAUCUCCCCAGCCUGCGGCGUCUGGCUGAUCUGGUGAACACGUUGCCACCCAAACCACGCAAAGAUAGUCACUGGCCGACCAUGGUCUUUUCCCACUCUAUUUUUCCCCAACAAAAAUUCCUAUCUGCGCGUAUUCUUUGCAUGCAUUCCGCUGUCGGCCAGCUAUGUCCCAACAUCUGGCCUCAGUCGCCUCUGUGCACGAACCUGAUUUCUGGAGAGCCCUGGCAACACCAAAUUUGCAUGCUUAUUCAUGUAAUUAGGUCAUGCUCUGACCAGUUGCAGGUGACCUCUAUUCGUCCCGAUGGCAGUCGAUAA